AUGACGCCGCGCGGCGGGGAAUGUCUCAGUCUGCAGCUUGCAAUUCGCGGGUCCCAAAAUGAGAAGAGGGGGCCACGACUGGCCUUGGAGCCAGAUCCAGAGACAUCUCGAGCUCUGGAUGCUUGCUCUUGGCCUGGAGCUGCAGGGCUAGUGGCUGCUGCAUGGAUGAGCUGGCACCGUGAACCCAAGCAAGCAGGCCGUAUUUAUCAUUGUGGUAGCACGAAAAGAAAAGCCAACCUCUGCUGCUGUCCUUUGAUAGCUCUUCGUGCUUUCAAAUCUACGAUACGGAAAAUCAUGGCAUCACCAACUCCCAUUCCGAAGCCACCUGGCGUGCCAUUGCUUGGCAACAUCUUUGAUGUGAAUCCCAGCAACACUUGGGACUCGCUCAGGGAGCUCUCUGACCAGUAUGGCGAGAUUUUUCAGAUCAAAGUCCUUGGAAAGACUCUCGUCUUCGUUGCCAGCGUUGCUCUAGCCGAAGAGCUUUGUGACGAGAAGCGCUUCCGCAAGUACGUCGGUGGACCCAUCGUCGAGAUUCGAGCUGCCGUCCAUGAUGCGCUCUUCACGGCCUAUGACAACGAGGCCAGCUGGGGCAUUGCUCACCGAAUCAUUUAUCCCCAGCUGAAAUCCGAAGUUGUGUCUACUCACUUUAGAGAAAUGCGCAAUCUGGCUGGGGAACUUUUCCAUACUUGGAAGAACCUCGGAGGCAGCAAUACAAUCUCCCCCUUGGAUCAGCUCAAUAGGCUAAAUCUCGAGACGAACACCUAUGUCUUCUUUGGUAAGCGGCUGAAUGGACUGACUGGUCCUCCGCAUCCAAUGAUCCAGGCAAUGGAGGACUCUACCUCUGAGGCGAUGAAGCGCCCUACACGACCUAGAUUGCUCAACUGGUUGGUGUAUGGCCGCAAGUUCAAGUCUUCAAACAAGGCGAUGCGAGAAUAUGCUUCAGAACUGGUCCAGUACCGUAACGAGAACCCGACAGAUAGACAGGAUAUGCUGUCCAUCAUGAUGACCACUCCGGAUCCGGAGACUGGAAAGGCCCUGACCCCUUCGCAGGUCAUUGAUGAGAUAGUAUCAAUGCCCAUUGGCAGCAGCACCGCACCCUGCUUGCUCGUCUACGCCAUCUACUAUCUUCAGCGCAAUCCAGAGGUCGUUGUCAAAGCUCGCGAAGAACUGGACCGAGUCAUUGGCGCUGGCGAGUUUGAAUUUGAUCAUCUUGGACAAUUAAAGUACGUUGAAGGCAUCAUGCGCGAAUCACUCCGCCUAUCCUCUGUCGCACCGGGCUUCAACAUUGAACCACGACCAAGAGAGGGCGACAAGAGCCCUGUUCUGUUGGGCGGAGGCAAGUACCAGAUUGCUCACAAUCAGCCCAUGAUUAUCGUUUUGCAAGGAGUGAACCGCGAUCCCACUGUGUUUGAGGAGCCGUUGGCAUUCAGGCCCGAGCGUAUGGUUGGCGAGGCCUUUGAUAAUUUGCCCGCUGGCGCCAAGAAGUGGUUCGGCAAUGGCAAGAGAGAGUGUAUUGGCAAACAGUAUGCUCUACAGUGGAGUCUCAUUAUCCUGGCCAUGCUCAUUAGAGAGUUCGACUUCGAGCCGGUGAGCCCAGAGUAUCAUCUCGAGGAAGACGGAUGGUUCAAUACUCGCCCAGUUGACUUCUCCGUCAGAGUGAAGGCUAGAGCCAAGGCUACAUACUAA